UUACUAUAUGAGUGUAAACGAUUGAUUGAGAUUGCUUCAUUAUUGUUACGAAUAAACAACAGUUCGCUUGUGAAUUAUCAUCAUGGAACCAGUUGAUACGUCAGUAACGUUUUCACAUUUUCGCCGUUAACAUAGAGAUAAGUGCAGUUAAGUUCAUAGCCUGUUAACCUGUAAACAAUAAACAAUGAAACAAAUACCCGCAUAUUCGCAUACCCACACUACUACCAUAACCGGUGGUAAUUCGUGCGUACAAUCGAAUUUCUCGAGAUUAUACCUGCGUCUUCUACCAAAGAUCAUAGCCAGUGUAUGAUUGUACGUUGAAAUAGCAAGAUCGCUUAAUUUUUUGUGAAUAGUUGCUUUCGACAUCAAUACAUAAUUUGCAGUGGUGAUUGUUUUUUUAGUGGAUUGUAAAUUAAAUAAAAAUUUCAGUGAAAGGAUUUUUUUUUCAAUCAGCAUAAUUCAACAACAUGUGUAAACAUAUUUUAUUGCUUAUUUUUGUGAUACUGUUUUGUUUAAACGGCUAUGAAGCACAAAAUACAAAUAAACAAUGUGCUCAGAAUAAUGAAUAUUGUCUAACGCACCGAGAUUGCUGUUCGGGAAGUUGCUUAAGCUUCUCGUAUAAAUGCGUACCAGUGCCAGGAGGUGCUUCAGUGAGUACUGUAUUAGUACCGGUCAAACCAACCCCAAUAGAUACUGAAAAUCGUUUUGGAGGUGAUGACGGUGGUGCUAGUUUGACCCAAAAAACCUGUGCACUUAAUGGAGAAUAUUGUCUCACGCAUGCAGAAUGCUGUUCGGGCAACUGUUUGACUUUCUCCUAUAAAUGUGUGCCCUUGAAUCCACCUGGCACGACAGUGGCCGUAUUAAAGGAUUCGACGCCACAGAAACCAACCGUUAGUUUCACGAAUCGUAUUGGUGAAGAUUCAACAAAUCCUACCACAAAUUCGGCUUCUACUCCAAAAAAAUGUGCUGGGAUUGGUGAAUAUUGCCUAACGUCCUCGGAAUGCUGCUCUAAAAGUUGUUUAAGCUUCGCAUAUAAAUGCGUCAACAGGUAUGACCUUUAUGCUGGCGCUGAUCCAAAUCCAUCUACGACGCCAAUUUCUACCGCUAAUCGAUUUGGGGAUUCAUCGGUGGAUACAAACACAGGAACACGUAAAUGCAUAUCUAAUGGAUUAUAUUGCUUCCACAAUACAGAAUGUUGUUCAGGAGCCUGUUACAAAUCCAUAUGUUCUACAGAAAUCCGACUUGGUGUACCGGAAUCAGAACUAACCCGCCCAUCAGUUGCUAAUGGACCCUACAUUCCAGUAAAUAAUUUGGAUGAUCUCAUUUCUCGGUUUGGGGGACAAGUUUCGACAACCGAACAAAAUCUUAACCGUCAAGAAAGGCGUUGUAAAAUUGUUGGUGAUAUGUGCAAUCGACAUGAAGAUUGUUGCUCAUCAAACUGCCAUUCGUAUAGACGAAAGUGUGUCAACUAAUAAAAGUCUGUAUAAAUAUUACAAUUAUACAAAAUAAAUAUUGCUUCACUUACGCAAUUUUUGCGCAAUCUCAAUGCAGCCUACCUUCGUUUUGAUUCGAUGGACCAAUAUUGAAUAAACGAAGAGAAAGUGUAUAAAUAUAAUCAAAUAUGACCACAAA